AUGGAUCUUCAUUACAAGAAGGAUGGAAGUUUGGAUAUGCGAUAUAGUUCGUCAAGAUCAGCAGCGUCAUCUGGAUUUGGCAUGGGUUCUUCUGGAUAUACUGGAGGUGCAAACUAUUCACCCGUCUCUUAUGGAGCAAGUGCUUUUUCCGGACCUCACUACAGGAACGAUGGAAGUUUGGAUAUGCGAUAUAGCUCGUCAAGGCCUGCUGCUUCCUCUACCCAGUCAAGUCAUACUAAUCGGCCACCUACUGCAUCAGAACUUCAUUACAAGAAAGAUGGAAGUUUGGAUAUGCGAUAUAGCUCGUCAAGGCCUGCUGCUUCCUCUACCCAGUCAAGUCAUACUAAUCGGCCACCUACUGCAUCAGGACUUCAUUACAAGAAAGAUGGAAGUUUGGAUAUGCGAUACAGCUCUUCGAAGGCUGCCACCUCCUCUACCCAGUCGAAUCAUGCUAAUCGACCACCUAGUUCUUCUGGGCUUCACUACAAAAAAGAUGGUACUUUGGAUAAGCGAUAUUCGUCUUCUAAAAGUGAUAUGACCAACUGUACAUCGAGACGUGCAUUUUCUGAGUGUGGAGUACCGAAAAAUAUUCCAGUUACGAAAAAUGGCAUUCCGGAUAUGAGAACAACAGCUGCUAAGGAAUGGGUGAGAGAACAAGCCCAAAACGGCAUGGAAGAUAUUCCUUCAUGGAUACCCAGAACGAAAGAUGGUUCUCUUGAUGUUUCAAAACCAAUAGCACAGGAGUACUUGAAAUGUAAAGAUACAGCAUCAGCAAAAUAUGAUCCCAAUCAGCGAUUAGCGUAUUAUUAUCAAAAACUGGAAGAUUUACUGUUUCGAACUCUUGUUGAAAGUGCUAGAGAGGCUGACGUCGAGAUACCUGAAUAUGAAAUGUUACCUGAAACACAAGAAAUUCAACGUCAAUUCUGCUCUUCAACCAGUAGAUGUUUUAAUAGACAAGAUAAUGAAUACGAUAUAUCUAGCCAAAUUUCAGAAUCAGUUCAAGCAAUUGAUUAUAAUGAUUUGAACAUUAAUCCAGACGAUAAAUUAGGUCAAGGUUCAUUUGGUGUUGUAUAUAAAGCAACAUGGAACAAUCAAAUUGUGGCAGUAAAACAAUUGCAUUUAAACAAGUUAACGAGAAAAGAAAAGAGCUCAUUUGUAAAAGAAAUUACAAUUAUGUCAACUUUAGGUGAACAUCCAAAUUUAGUUUAUUUGCAUGGUUAUACAUUAGAGCCUCCUUGUCUAGUUAUGGAAUAUGUUGAAUUAGGUUCUUUGAGCUAUUUACUUCAUUAUUGUGAAGAUGCAGAAAUCGAAGCAAAAAUAACAGACGGAAGAAUAAAGAAAAAACUUAUUCUCGGAACUGUUCUCGGAAUGAUCCAGUUACAUGCUGUCAACAUUGUUCAUGGAGAUUUAAAACCUCAAAAUGUUUUAGUAUCAAAAAAUUAUACAGCUAAAGUGACGGACUUCGGAUUUGCGACACUUCGGGGUAAAACUUCAAGUUCUAUCGCCUCUUCAGUUAUGUCUGAUGAUGGGUCAGCAGUGUGUGGUACUGCAGGUUAUAUGGCUCCUGAAUUGUUAAGCAGCUCGAAUCCACCAGAAUAUUCCAGUGAUAUAUACUCAUUUGGUGUAAUGUUAAAUGAAGUUAUUCAAGAAGAAGAACCUUAUGCAGAUCAAUUUCGAAACUUCAUAGGGCGAGGACCAUUUGCGGCCGCGAAUUAUGCUAAAUUAGGUAAUCGGCCAAGAAUAAAUUCGAGAACUCCAACCUUCUUGAAGAAUCUCAUCGGAAGAUGUUGGCAUCCUGAACCUCGAAAUCGGUCAUACUUUCAACAAAUUUUUAAUGAUCUAAAACCAUCACAAGUUAAAUUUCCGGACUCUUUUGAAUUGUAA